AUGGACAAGAAGUUUGUGCCUUUGCCAAUCUCCAUUCCUGAGCCAGCCCCCCAGGAGCUGGAGGAUGCCAGACGAGUCAUCGGCACACUGCCCAUUGAGAAGCUGCUUCUAGAAGAUGAAGACAAUGAUACAAUUCUACAUAUUUAUGCAGCUAAAGGUAUGAGGGCGUAUACAUUGGCAGUUGCAGAGCGCAUGAAAUUGCUGCGAAGACUAGAUGCCAAGGAACACAGAGGAAAGACUCCUCUGCUGGUGGCCGUCACUGCCAGGCAGCCAGCUAUUGUCUAUGAUUUGAUCCAGACAGGAGCAGAUGUCAAUGCUGUAGACAACAAAGGGCAGUCAGCUUUACAUCUUGCUGCAACAUACGGGUAUGCCCAAGUUCUUCAGGUUAUACUGUCACUAGGUUUCCCUCUUGAUUUAGAAAUGAAGGAUUUUGAAGGCCAUACCCCACUCCACUGUGCUGUUCUGGCCCACAACGCCCUGCUCCGGGAGCAGGGUUGCCAGACGUUGACGGAGGAGCAGCAGAAAGGUCUUCAGCACCAGAGCGAAGAGCUGGAGUCCUGUAUCCACCUCCUGGUGCAGACAGGAGCCUCCAUCUACAGCCGGGAUGUGAAAAGCAACAAGACAGUUCUUCAUUUUACAGUCCAGGAUGGGAACAUCUCCCUGCUCAGAUACUUCUUGGAGCUGAAUGCUUUUAAGUCCAAGGACUUUGUCAACAACAAGGCACAUGGUAACACAGCUUUGCAUAUGGCAGCUGCAUUGCCUCGUGACAAGAACCAGGAAGAAAUCGUCCAGUUGCUCCUUGACCACGGGGCAGACCCAAGCAUCCGAAACUUGGACAAUGAUCAGCCAAUCCACAUGGCUCCUUCUGGAAAAGCUGGGGAUCAGAUUGCCUCCAAUUUCUGGAAUGGCUUCAACUUCAGCUUGCUGAUUGCACAAGGCCUCCUCGAAAAACCAUGA